GGAGGCCCAGAAGAAGAAGAAGAAGAAGAAGAAGAAGAAGAAGAAGAAGAAGAAGAAGAAGAGGUGGAAAGUUGAAAGUCGAAUAUUAAACAAAAACUAAAAAGAAAAAUAAGAAAAGAGCAACAAAUAAAGAAAGAAAGAAAAUAAAGAAAAAAGAAAGACAAGAAGAAAAAGAAAUAGAAAGAAACAAACAAACAAACAAAAUAGAAGAGGGGAAAAAAACAAUAACAAGAAAGAAAAGAAAGAAAAAGAAGGAAGAAAAGAAGGAACAAACGAACGAACAAAGAAAUAAGAAUAGAAAAAAGGAAAGGAAAGAAAGAAGGAAAGGAAAAGAAAAGAAAAAGAAAAAGAGUGAAGAGAAGUGAAAAUAAGUUUGACAAGUUAGAGAGAGAGAGAGAGAGAGAGAGAGAGAGAGAGAGAGAGAGAGAGAGAGAGAGAGAGAGAGAGAGAGAGAGAGAAUGAGAACAGAAAUAUUGGGUAAUUUCCAAAAACAGUUGAGCCUAUAAAAUGACCAUUUAGGCCUAAGAGAGAGAGAGAGAGAGAGAGAGAGAGAGAGAGAGAGAGAGAGAGAGAGAGAGAGAGAGAGAGAGAGAGAAGUAACCAUCAAGACAAAAUAAAUGAUAGUUAUAUAUUUCUGUUCACUUGAUAAAAAAAAAUAAAUGAAAAAAGAAAAAAACAUAAAAAUAAUAAUAAAUAAAUAAAGAUGGACACAAAAUAUGCAAACAUGAAAACAAAGAUAAUAUUUAGUAUAACAUUAUUCCUUCUCUUCACAAACUCCUCCUCCUCUUCCUCCUCCUCCUCCUCCUCCUCCUCCUCCGUAACGCGUAAUGAAGGGGGAACUAAGCUAAAUUACAAAACAAACCCUCCCUUACUCCGUUUUCUUCGUCUUCUAAGCAGGGGGGACUCAGUAAUGAUGACUCCUUAUACUCAGCAGAACAAGACUCCAUGUUGACUUCUGAAUCCCUCCAAUCAGCAGCCAAACUCAUAGAAAACGGAGGAAUAGCAGAUUUUUUAACUGAGAGAAAACGGGGAGAGGAUGGGAAACAGAGAUACAGAAAAUGGAGUGACAAUAACGAUAUUCUAAGUCUUCUUUCAGCAGCCAAACUCAUAGAAAACGGGGAAGAGAUGGAUUUUUUAAGUGAAAGAAAACGGGAGGAGGAAGAAAAUGAGAAACGGGAGUAUAGAAAAUGGGAAAUGAAUGAUAUACUUCCUCUGGUGAAUAUAAAACGUUUUCUUUCAAUACUCACGCACACAGAAAACGAGGAUAUGGAGGAAAUUUUAACUGAGAGAAAACGGGAAGAGCGAGAGAAUGGAAAACGGAGAUAUAGAAAACGGAGUGGUGACAAAGAUAUUUUUAACCUUCUCUCAGUACUCAGGCAAAUAGAAAACGGAAAAGAGGCUGAAUUUUUAACUGGAAGAAAACGGGAAGAGGAAAACGAGGAAUACAAAAGACCGGAAAAGGAGGAAAAUAAAAAACGGGAACAUAGAAAACGAAAUGAAGAAACCAGGACUCAAAUAAACCUUCCCUCAACACCAAAACCAACAGAAAACGAGAAAAAACAACCAAAUCCACGCGAAAGAAAACGGGAGGAGGUAGAAAACGAAAACGGAGGUCAUAGAAAACGGGAAAAUGGUCCAAAAAAGAUACCAGGAUGGAUAGUCGAUGAAAUAAUGGAAAUAGUCAAAAAAUACCUUGAUAGUUUACUAAUUGAGGUCCAGGAGGCGUUCUCUCAUGUGAUUGGCUACUACCUUCCCUCAAACGACACAGGAUUGGUCAGUGAGGAGUGUGCCAUUGAUGUUGACGAUAGUAACUUAUUGGCUAACUAUCAUCAGCUCUGGUUCUUGGAGAUGUAUGAUUCUUGGGGCAAGUUUCCUGACGGGUUCCUCUUUGGCAAUCUGAGGGCGCCCGGCAUGUAUGAAGAGUGCCUUAACAUCCGGGCUGAGUACCAGGCGGAGGGCGCGAGUGGCAAUGUGACCCGGAAAUACAGAGGGCGUUAUUGUAGCAUCCUUUACAAACCGAGGCCCGCCAACACGUCACGGGAGGGAGAAGCAGUGGUGCCAAGUCUGAGAAGCGGCGUAUCGUUGGCAACACUGGGCAGUCCUCUUCCUUUCUCUUAUGGCACCUGUGUUCCUUCCACCUGCACCAGGGAGGAUGUGGAGGUUUCCCUUCAAGAGGUGCUGCAGGAGGACGACCUGGAGGUGGUGGAGGUGCAUUGCCACAGCCAAGACCACAGAGACGACACGCUGAACGACUACACACCCGAGCAGACCGCCAUGUUGUCUUUGCUCGGUGUGUUAGGAUUCCUCGCUGUCACUGCUACUCUCUAUGAGGCCUUGGCUAUCAAUUGUAACAUGGCCUGCCCAGCGGCCGCGCACAGCUUCAGCGUGUGGGCAAACCUGGAGUGUGUGUUUACGUAUAAGAGGGGCAAGGGAACUGGCGACGUGAUCACCUGUCUUCCCAUGCUCAGUACCAGGACCCAGUAUUCACCCAGAUUGUGACUAAUGGAUGGAUUGCAGUGGAUACGUUCUUCUUUCUGACGGGGCUCACAAUCACCUUCCGUCUCGUGCCAUACCUGACGAAGGGGGCGGGUCUUCUCAGCCAUGUGGAGAAGAUAGCGAGGGUGAUGGCCAGGCGACU